AUGACUAACCCUUUGACAGCUCUCUUAAAUUGGUGUAUAUACACAGGUCGCUGGCAAAUGGCAUCUCCGUCGAGCACCGGCAACUCCGCCGUCUCCGUGGUGGUCGCAGCACCGACGACACCGGGGGCCGGGGCGCCGUGCGCUGCGUGCAAGUUCCUGCGGCGCAAGUGCCUCCCUGGUUGCGUGUUCGCGCCCUACUUCCCGCCGGAGGAGCCGCAGAAGUUCGCCAACGUGCACAAGGUGUUCGGCGCCAGCAACGUGACCAAGCUGCUCAACGAGCUGCCGCCGCACCAGCGGGAGGACGCCGUUAGCUCGCUGGCCUACGAGGCGGAGGCGCGGGUCAAGGACCCCGUCUACGGCUGCGUCGGCGCCAUCUCCGUGCUCCAGCGCCAGGUCCACCGCCUCCAGAAGGAGCUCGACGCCGCGCACACCGAGCUCCUCCGCUACGCCUGCGGCGAGCUCGGUGGCAUCCCCACCGCGCUUCCCGUCGUCACGGCCAGCAUCCCCACCGGCAGGCUCUCAUCCGCCGCAAUGCCGUGCCCCGGGCAGCUCGGCGGCGGCAUGUACAGCGGCGGAAGUGGCGGUGGCUUCCGGAGGCUCGGGCUUGUGGACGCGAUAGUGCCACAGCCACCUCUUUCCGCCGGUUGCUACUACAAUAUGCGGAGCAGCAACAACGCUGGAGGCAGCGUCGCCGCUGAGGUGGCGCCCGUGCAGAUCCCUUACGCCUCCAUGGCGAAUUGGGCUGUGAACGCCAUUAGCACCACCACCACCACCUCAGGAUCAGAGAGCAUUGUGAUGGAUCACAAGGAAGGAGGCGACAGCAGCAUGUGA